AGGCAUGGGAUGGUGUUCAGCAGAGUACCUCAUCAGAAUGAUCUGACACGAGUUAUUGCACGCCUGGAGCUUACGCCCUACCCCAGGUUGUAUUCUCACAUCGAAAUCCUUAGUUCCACGUCUGCCAUUACGUCCCAUAUCCAUUCCGUGUAAUGAAGCGCCGCGCAGCGGAAGAAGCUAGGGAUGUCCAGACCCCGAUCCUCUAUUCCGGAGGAUCAUCUCGCAACGUUCUUUGACAUCUCUCAGCCUCGUACAUCAUGUACCGAUAACGAAAUUGAGGAUAUUCGUGUACUUCUGUCACGAUGUGAGCAUGUCAUGAGUCCCAUUGCUGAUUGCAAUCUCAAGACGUUCCUUCAGCACUUCGGCCUCUCCCACAAUUUUCUGGAUACUACUUCUGGAUCCACGCCCGCGUCACCACGUUACUGUUCACCAGAGGUUGCGGCUUUCAUGAGCCGCAACGCAUCUGCAGAUGUUUGGCCCUUGGCUGCGUAUUUCUGGAAAUGCUAUCGGCUCUUCAAUGGUACAAUCAUUGUGAUCCAUGGAGGUCACACCCAUGAAAGGGUGUGUUCCUAUCAUCGUCGCCAACUGUGUUCAGCAGAUAGUACGAGACAGAAAUGCAGGCUGGCUAUACUCUGCCAAAGCCUGGUCAUGGAACGGAGAAGAUUAUGAAAGAAGGACAGGAUUCUCGUAGAGCUCAGAUAGCUCUUUAUAAGAUUGAGAAGAGAUAGCGCCGAAGAAGGAGAAGAACACCAUUAUGGAGGAAGGCGGAAUGAGGGCAGCGACAAUCCAACAAAAAGCGGGAGAGGUGAUCGAUGCCUCAUAUCCGUGUAGAGAGAGAGCCUUGAGAUUAGCAUAUGACAUAAGGCUUAACUUUUGGAAAAGAUGCUCGG